AUGAUAAUGGCGCCAUGCGCCAUUCCCUAUUCAUUGAUGAAAAGGGAAAAUGAUGGGGUUUAUCAGGUCAUUUUCCGCUCAAAAUUCUGUUUUUCAGUCUACUCCACCGCUCUUGCCAAAACUGUCUCCGAAAUUCGCGCCAGAAAUGCCGAGUCACCAUUCCCCGACAGUCGUGUUGGGACACCAAUUGAUUUGGGAGUCAGCCAGCAGCAAAAUGGACAUGGAAACGGAUUUUAUACAGCUACGCCGUCAAGAUUAGCAAAUCCCAGAUAUGAUGAUUUGCCACCAACGCCAACACCAACGUUUAGACGAGCUCCGUCUCAAGGUUGGUAA